AUGUGGGCGGAAAGUCGUAGGGAUAACAAUUUCAAUUAUUCUCCCACGACGACCCCCCCGGAAGAAAGACAAUUUAGAGAAAGUGAAAAUUAUGUUAAAUUUCAAGUACCUAAAGUGCCUGUUAUAUUUGUACUCGGAGGACCCGGAAGCGGAAAGGUGACUCACGGUGAUAAUUUAAUGCAAGAAAAAAAAGGGAUAACGCAUAUAAAUAUGACGGAUUUGCUCCAGCAAUACGCCAUGGGUAACGAAAUGAGAGAUUUUUCAUCAUUAUCAAGUAAAACGGUAACGGAAGUUUUAAUGUUGGAAAUGAAAAUGGCUCCAGCAGCAAAAACUUAUUUAAUAUCCGGUUAUCCAAGAAGUAUGAGAGACGUUGUCGAAUAUGCAGAAAAAAUUCAAGUAGUUAGCGGAGUGAUAUUAGUAGCUUGGCAGCAAAAAGUUCUGGAAAAACAAAUUGAUUAUGGUGCCAAAAUAGGUCACGUCGUUCUUAGUUUGGCAAAAAUGGAAUUAAAUAAUUUUUAUAAACACGUCAUGCCGGUCGUUGAUUAUUUCGACGAAAGAGGAAUGCUCAUUGCCAUUAACGGAGAAAGGAAUCCGGCAGAAGUUUAUAAAGAUUUUCGUUCUGCCGUACUUAGAAUCAUAGGUUCGACAGAACAAAUGGAUUCAAACACACCAGAAGGAAAAGAAGAAAUUUUAGAAUCAUUUAUAGAUGAAGUAGCAGAAGAUGGCGGUGAUGGUGGUGGUGAGGGGAUGAGAACGAAAGAAAAAGUUUAUCCUCCCGUCAUAUGGGUCUUGGGUGGUCCCGGAAGUAAUAAAGGUUCUCUGUGCCAAAAAGCUGUUCGACAAGUCCCUGGAUGGGCACAUAUUAGCGUGGGAAGACUUUUGCGUGCAGCAACCGAUGCCAACGAUUUUAAUGCCAAUGACACAUUUGUUUUAAAACAAGCUAUUUCAGCUGGAGAAUUGGUGCCACAGACGUACGUCCUUAAUUUAGUAGAAAAGCACAUGAACGCCUAUUCGGACGCCAAAGGAAUAUUAAUGGACGGUUUUCCGCGUGAUAUGCAUCAAGUUAACGAAUUCGAAGCCAAGUAUAAACAGCAGCCGAAUGCAAUUCUUUUAGAUUGUUCGAAAUUACAAUUGGGAAAAGGACGUAUGGACGAUAGCGUUGCAGCUUUUAGAAAACGUUUAGAAUUGUUCAGACAAAUAUCAUUACCAAUGUUAAAAAUAUUAGAUAGCGAAAACAGACUGACAGUUGUUGACGGAGAUACGGAUUCGCCAGAAGUUCAAGAUGAAUUUUUCCGUUUGUUUUUAAAUCACACAAAACAAAUAAAUAAUAAUUCAGAAAGAGAAAUAGGGGUGCAAUCGAAACCGUUAAAUUAUCAAAACGAUGAUAUGGAAUAUUCUAGACCUGUCACACGCACUAUAAUACCAAACGGUAAUUUGCCGUCUGCGGCAAAUAAAUUAAUACCGAACGGUGUUCCACGCACAAUUCAAAAUGGUCUCAUUGGCGGCGUACAAAAUAUAAAAACAUUGCCAAAAACAAUUAGAAAUAAUAAUAACAUGAGAAAUAUAAGUUCAAAUAUAAAUCAUUAUUAUUAA